CACGCUCCCGAGCUCUGAUUGGCUGUUGGGUGGGAAGCUCCGCCCCGGACGGCGUGUUACGCAGCGCGGCGGUUGGCGGCGGCGGCCCACCGGCAGAGUAGCGAGGCGCUUGGGGACCGGGAGGUGCCGGGCAAGCCCGGUUGUACGACCGCAGCAUGUCGGAGGGCGAGUCCAAGCAGGUACCGAGCAGUGGCUCCGACUCGAAGCCGGAGUCUGCGUCGUCUGGCCCGGGAAUGACCUCAGUGUCUGCGCCGGUGACUUCCGCGGCGCCCCCGGAGGAGGAGGAGGAAGAGGAAAGUGAGGACGAGUCCGAGAUCCUCGAGGAGUCGCCGUGCGGCCGCUGGCAAAAGCGGCGCGAGGAGGUGAAUCAGAGAAAUGUCCCAGGGAUCGACAGUGCCUACCUGGCCAUGGAUACAGAGGAAGGUGUGGAAGUUGUUUGGAAUGAGGUUCAAUUUUCUGAGCGGAAGAACUUUAAGCUUCAAGAAGAAAAAGUUAAAGCGGUGUUUGACAACUUAAUUCAGCUGGAACAUCUGAACAUAGUGAAGUUUCACAAAUACUGGGCUGAUGUGAAGGAGAAUAAAGCCAGGGUGAUCUUCAUCACUGAAUAUAUGUCUUCAGGGAGCUUGAAACAGUUCCUGAAGAAGACAAAGAAAAACCACAAAACUAUGAAUGAAAAGGCCUGGAAGCGAUGGUGUACCCAGAUCCUCUCUGCUCUCAGCUACCUCCACUCCUGUGAUCCCCCAAUCAUCCAUGGUAACCUGACCUGUGACACAAUAUUCAUUCAGCACAAUGGACUGAUCAAAAUUGGGUCAGUGGCACCGGACACAAUUAACAACCACGUGAAGACCUGUCGUGAGGAGCAGAAGAACUUGCACUUCUUUGCCCCGGAAUAUGGAGAAGUUGCCAACGUCACUACUGCUGUGGACAUUUAUUCCUUUGGGAUGUGUGCACUGGAGAUGGCGGUGCUGGAAAUACAGGGUAAUGGAGAGUCGUCUUACGUGCCCCAGGAGGCAAUUAACAGUGCCAUCCAGCUGCUGGAGGACCCCUUACAGAGGGAGUUCAUUCAGAAGUGUCUAGAACAGGAUCCUGGCAAGCGUCCUACUGCCCGGGAGCUCCUUUUCCAUCAGGCGUUGUUUGAGGUGCCAUCACUGAAGCUACUGGCUGCUCACUGUAUUGUUGGACAUCAGCAUAUGAUUCCUGAAAAUGCUUUAGAAGAAAUGACCAAAAACCUUGACAUGAAUGCUGUGUUGGCAGAGAUUAAUCAUGUGGACAGGGAAGGAGUCAAGAUGAUCUUCUCACAGUCUCCAGCACUGGAGCUGGACAAGUUCCUGGAGGAUGUAAGGAAUGGCAUUUACCCACUCACAGCUUUUGGGAUGCCACGACCCCAGCAGCCCCAGCAGGUAGUGGUGAAAUCGCCCAUUGCUCCACCAUCAGUGAAAACUCCAACUCCAGAGCCUGCUGAAGUGGAGACCCGCAAGGUGGUGCUGAUGCAGUGCAACAUUGAGUCAGUAGAGGAGGGAGUGAAGCAUCAUUUAACACUGCUGCUGAAACUGGAAGACAAGUUGAAUCGACACUUGAGCUGUGACCUGCAGCCCAAUGAUAACAUCCAAGAGCUGGCAGCUGAACUGGUCCAGCUUGGAUUCAUCAGUGAGGCUGACCAGAGCAGACUUACCUGUUUACUUGAAGAGGCAUUCAGCAAGUUCUACUACACCCGGAAUGGAGCCCUGACGGCAGUGACGGUGUCAUCUUAGCACCCCUCAGCGUCCAGGUGGCCGGUGCAGCUUUGUUGCCUGUGACCCCUUCUUGUGUCUGUCCAUCACUGUAGGGCAUCAGCAAGACCCCAGCUGCAGUGCUUGGAAGCUCAUCCUGCAUGUGCCGCCGUGGCUGGGCUCAGCAACAGUUCUCCCUGCCCGCCUAUUAAAGGGGACUUUGCGCAUCA